UACAAUCACAGCUUCAUUUCCAGCGUCGGCUCUGAUUGGGCUCUGACAUAUGUGACGUCUCCCUACAUCGGAAGUGAACACAAGAAGGCAACAUGGGCACUCGUUUGAAGGUUCUGGGCGUUUUUAAAACGCUACACAGGACCAGGAUGGCUGUGUUCAAAGAUGAUGACCGAGCACUGACAGCUGCACGAUUAAAGAUCAAUGAGGAGUUUCGGAAAAACAAAAAUGAAACGUCAGAAGAAAACAUCCAGAAGCUGAUUAAAAUGGGCUCAGACGUUGACAUCGUCCUUCGACAGAGUGUGGUGCAAAUGGAACACGUAGCAGAAGAUAAGCUGUUGCUUCGGCCCAGAAAUGACCUUCUGCUAGAAAACGUCCCCUAUUGUGACAAACCAAGGGAAAAGUCGUGACAAACCAUUUGAUAACUUCAUGAUCACCAGGAAAGAGACUAUAUAUCAUUUGUUGCCUUUUCAUUUUCAGUUUGGCUUUAUAGAAGGAACAUUAAAAAAAAUAAUAAAAUAUAAGAUCAUCUCAACACUUUUGAUUCAGCAAGGAUCUACUUCGUUCUGUUUCAAGGAAUCUGUGCUGGGAAAACUGGAUCGUGUCAUUUCGUGUACAGCAUGUUAUGAAAUGGAACUGAAACAUUAUCUGCUGGCUUCUUCAUAUGAUUGAAUCAAACAAGGGGAAAAUAUUAAUUUGCUGGUACUGUAAAAAAUGUUAACUGUUAUCUGAUUAACUACAAGUAUUUCCAGAGUGUCCCAGACUUAAUUUGCUGUUACAACCACAGACAACAAGAAUCAGCUCUGCUUUAAAGCCACAAAAAGAAUUAUCUUUGAAAACCUUUGUAAAAACCUCUGUGUGAAAUAUAUCUGUAAUAAAGGAUACCUAAAUUUAAAA